AUGCCGCUGAUCAUCACCAUUACUGUCUUCUUGUACCUCCUCCUGCAUAAACGCAAGCAAGCAGCUGUUCCCAGUGCACCAUCUCUUCCAUCGCCCCCCGGCCCCGUCGGCCUCCCACUCGUCGGGAGCGCCCUCCACUUCAUCGGGCCGUUCAGCCGCAGCCCGCACGCCGUGCUCACCCGCCUCGCCGAGACCAACAGGCCCGUCAUGUCCUUCCGGCCGGGCAUGGCCGGGAACUUCGUGGCGGUGUCGUCCCCGGCCGCGGCACGGGAGGCUCUCGUCGACAACGACGCGGCGCUGGCGCCACGGUUCGUGCCCGACGUGGCCUGCGCCCUGGCACACAGCUCGGAGUCCAUCUCCUUCCUCCCGACCUCCAGCCCUCUGUGGAGGCAGCACCGCGCCACGGUCGGCGCCCACCUUUCCGCCGCCCGGAGCCUCGACGCGACCCGGCAAGUCAGGGAUCGUCACGCCCGGGCCUCCCCGAGAGCAUGA